UUUUACUUGCAUUUCAAUCGAUGUUCAAGUUUCGACCAGGCAUGUGGUACACAUGCUUGAGCUCCUAUAUAGGCACCGUAACUCCAGCAAUAUAAUCAAGGAAGUAGCUGAAACAAGCUAAGGAUCGGAGGCUCCUGCUAUAUUUGCGAUUAUUGCUUCGAUCAGCUGCAUAUUUAUAUCAUGGACGACGAUCACGGUACAACAACAACAACAACAACAAGAACAAUUGUGCAUACAUGGCUCGUGUUCACCAUCAUUUUCCCUAUCACCAUCGUAAUAGCCACCAUGAUCGCACGAGCAAGAACCAUACCUCCCAAGCGCAAGAGGAGGCCACAUGAUAAGCUGCUGCAGCCACCACCCGUGUCUGAGGGAGCUCCCAUCGUCGGAGUUCUGCCUGCCAUCCUCACCACGAGCGGAGGCUUGCAAGCCGUGAUCCGCGACCAGUACCUGAAGCUCGGCAGCGUCUUCACGCUGAGCUCCUUGGGAAUCAAGGUGACCUUCCUGGUCGGCCCAAAGGUUUCCGCCCAUUUCUUCCACGGCACCGAAUCGGAGAUCAGCAUCAGCGACGUCUACAAGAUGACCGUCCCAAUCUUCGGCAAAGGCGUCGGCUACGAUGUCGACAACGAUACCCGGAACGAGCAGCACAGGUUCUUCGCCGAGACCUUGAGGCCGGCCAAGCUGAGGAACCAUGUCGGUCUCAUGGUUGGUGAGGUGCAGGAAUACUUCGCGAGAUGGGGGCAGUGCGGCACGGUCGAUCUGAAACAGGAGAUCGACAGUGUGCUGCUGCUCAUCGCCAGCCGGUGCCUGCUGGGGAAGGAGGUCCGGGACCACAUGCACGCCGAGGUCUCGUCGCUCCUCCACGACCUCAUCGGCGGCCUGCACCUCGUCAGCAUGUUCUUCCCGCACCUCCCGACCCCGGCGCACCGCCGCCGCGACCGAGCGCGGGCGAGGCUCGGGGAGAUACUCACCGGGAUCGCCAGGUCGCGCAAGAGCUCCGGCCGCGCCGGCGACGACUUGCUGCAGGGCCUCAUGGACUCCAGGUACAAGGACGGGCGCGCCACCACGGAGGCCGAGGUCACCGGGCUGCUGGUGGCGCUGCUCUUCGCCGGCCACCACACCAGCUCCACCGUCACCGCCUGGACGGCGGCCCGCCUGCUCCGCCACGCCGAGUGGCUGCACGCCGCCACGGAGGAGCAGAGGCGCGGCGGCGGCGUCCCCGACUACGACGCCGUGCUGCGGAUGGACGUCCUCCACCGCAGCGUCAAGGAGGCGCUGCGCCUCCACCCGGUGACUCCGAUGAUCCUCCGCCGCGCGCGCAGGGCGUUCGCCGUGCAGACCGAGGAGGGCCAAGAGUACGAGAUCCCGGAGGGGCGCGUGCUGGCGAGCCCGCUGGUGGUGAACAACAUGCUCCCCGGCGUGUACAGGGACCCCGACGCGUUCGACCCGGACCGGUUCGCCGCCGGCAGGGAGGAGGACAGGGCCGCCCGCGAGCUCACGUACACCUCGUUCGGCGCCGGGAAGCACGCCUGCAUGGGCGAGGGCUACGCGUACCUGCAGAUCAAAGUGAUACUGAGCCAUCUUCUGAGGAAUUUCGAGCUCGAACUGGUUUCUCCAUUCCCGGAGACGGAGGGCAUGAUCUCCAUGAGGCCCAAAGGUGAAGUCAUGGUAAGGUACAACAGACGGGUGCUGCAGUAGGCAGUGAACCUGACAAGAUCAACCAGUGCAGUGAACCUUUUGUGGAAAAUACCAUAGCAAAUUUAUAUUGUCCUUGGAGAAUACUAGCAUUAUUAUUCCAUCCAAAAGCAAAAAUUAGCAUUCACUCUAAACAUGAUGUGGAAAAUGACAACAAUGGUCUGGUUGUGUUUCGACG